CUUCGGUUUCUCUGUCUGCGUGUUUUGAGAAAUGGACUUGGCAUCAGCUUCUCUUUUGUACCCUCCAACUGGAACGAGAGCCGUUGGGUGGACAAAGAGCUCAGUUCCAAGACUCCCAACCCCAAAUGCCGCGAGAGAACGGUUCACCCGAAAUAGAUUACCUUAUCUGGCAAACGUAGCUGCCCAGCCAACAAAGCAGCAGGUUGAAAUUGAGUUGGAAAAUAGUAAAUUCCAACUGUUGAAAGCCAUCCAAGACACGCAACGGGGCCUUGUCACAACUGCUGAUCAACGCUCUUUCAUUGAGGAGGCUUUGGUGAGUGUGGAAAGUUACGAUGCUGGUAAUCCAUUUGACUUUGGGAGGUUGGACGGUACAUGGCGUUUGCAGUACACAUCUGCCCCUGAUGUCCUCAUUCUUCUGGAGUCCGCCGCUAGGCUUCCCUUCUUCCAGGUUGGACAAAUUUUUCAAAAAUUUGAAUGCGAGGAUCUAUCUGAUAGAGGUUAUGUCCGCAAUGUUGUUCAGUGGAGUAUUCCAAACUUGUUAGAGGUUGGACAAAUUUUUCAAAAAUUUGAAUGCGAGGAUCUAUCUGAUAGAGGUUAUGUCCGCAAUGUUGUUCAGUGGAGUAUUCCAAACUUGUUAGAGAAGCAGGAAGGUGCCACUCUGAUUGUAUCCGCAAAAUUCUCUGUUGUAUCUCUGCGUAACAUCUACCUCCAGUUUGAAGAGAAGCUUCAAUGUCUUCCCAGAUGGCUGUAUCUUUUCUUUGCGUCCAUUGGUAAUGAUAUCAGGCUCUUAUACCCCUGCAUAAGGCUCAAAGACAGAAUCAGUGCUAAUCGAUAUCGGGAUGGCCAAGUGGGCUGGGAUAUGAUAGCUGUCGAGAACAUAAAGAUUAGUGAACAGUUGCAAGCUCUAAUAGUUCCAGCACUGCUACCAAGGACUUGUACAAAUGCUUUUUCCGCAGAUCUUGCAGUUAAUCCAAUCAUUCAAAGCUCAAGUACCUGUAAGAAACCCAGCGAGGUAUAUGAUAAUCUUGCAGCUUUACAAGCUUUUCAUGCAAACAAUGACAAUAAAUUAAUUGCAGGCGAUCUGCAGGAGGACUAUAUUACCUUUCAUAUCUGGAUAGCAAUAUGCUUUUGGGUCGUGCCGUUGGUGGUGGAGUAUUUGUAUUUAGCAGAGCUCAAACUUAUGUAUGACGAGGAGCAGGUCCAACUGAUGGUGUAG